GAUGUCAAACUGUCAGACGUUGCAGCAAAGCAAUUUCGAGUAACAAAUCUUGUUCAAUAUUUUCUCAAAACAAUGGCAGGAGUACCGCCAAUUCCGGGGCUCAUUUCACAUACGAACAAAGUUAAAAGUUUGUACAAAAGAGCCCUACGUACACUAGAGUGUUGGUAUGAUAGGCGUGAAGUAUAUAGGUACCAUGCUGUCCUGAUGAGAAAACAAUUUGAUGACAACAGUAGUAUCAAGGAUAUGAGAAUUGCCAAAGAGUUAAUUGUCAAAGGAGAAAAAGAACUAUUUGACAAAGCACAUUGGCACCCAAGAAAAUUCCCUGAUUCACCUGGGGGUGUUGCUUAUGCCAGGGAAGUCCUACCUCCAGACUGGGUUCUUGAUUAUUGGCAUCCUAUUGAAAAGGCACAAUAUCCGGAUUACUUCGCUCGUCGCGAGCAACGCAAAAUCGAGUUUAUGCAAGCAUGGCAGAAGAAAUAUGGCAAGACAACUGCACCACAUCAUUGAUUCUUCAAAUUAAAUGCAAUGUAAUAGAAAAUUAUGUGUAUUAAAUUGAUAAUAGUCAUUCAAAGGAAAUAAAUCGUUAUUCAUGA